AUGCACGACCUAUUUGAAGGUGUAUGUCGAUAUGAUAUGGCAAAAGUUUUAAAUCAUUUGAUAUUUGUAGACAAAUUCUUUUCUCCUGGUAGACUUAAUGAUAGAAUCCGAUUUUUUACUUAUGGUAGCACUGUCACAGGAAAUAUUCCCCCUCAAAUAACUAGCAACGCUCUUAAAAAAGGACAAUUGAUAACUUCGGCAUCAGAAAUGGUUUGUUUAGUUCGCCACCUUGGUUUUAUUAUAGGCGAUCUUGUUCCUAUUGAUAAUGAGGCAUGGGAACUGUACAUUACUCUGAGGGAAAUCAUUUGCAUAGUAAUGGCUACAUCGACUACGGCUGAAUCUGUUCAGCUUCUUGAUACUUUAGUUUCCGAACAUCAUUCAUUAUAUUUAAAAUUAUUCAAUGAGCCUUUGAAACCUAAACACCAUUUUCUAAUUCAUUAUCCUCGUAUUAUGACAACAAUAGGUCCACUAAAAAAUAUUUCUUGCAUGCGCUUCGAAGGUAAACAUAAAGAAUUAAAAACUAUGGCGAAGGUCGUAUCCUCGCGUCGAAAUAUAUCUCGUACACUAGCGCUAAAACAUCAAUUAAAAAUGUGUCAAAGAUUUAUCGCGAAACAAGGUUUUCAAAAACGUAUUUCCUGGGGGGUAGAAUGUCAGACAGAGUUAAACGAUUAUCAUGAUUAUGAUUAUUUCAAAGACGUGCUACCUAAGAGCAAUAGCGAUGAAUAUAUUUCUGUGUCAUGGGUAAAUGUUAGUGGGACUGUAUAUAAACCUAGUCAAGUUGUAGUAGUAGACGUAAGUGAUCAGUUUUUAUUGUUUGGGGAAGUUCAGUAUAUUUUGAUAGAUUCGGAACAAGAAGCUCACUUUUUAUUCAUUAAUAAAAACACCUUAGGAUUCUCGAAACAUGUCCACGCAUUUGAAGUUACUAGCACAAAAUCUUGGGGCUUCAUAUCUCAGGAAAAUCUUAUUAUUUACACGCCAUAUAAUGUACAUACCAUGACGGAUGGUGUCGAUUACGUCAUGUGCCUCUAG